CGGGUCUUUUAUUUUGGCACACGGGAGGUAAAAUAAAAUAGCAGUCAGAAUUGACAGGGUAAUGUUUUGGCACUGCGAUUAGCUCCAGACAAGGACGAAAACAACAUGGGAGAAAGUAGCUGCAGUAAAGCUGGCCACUUGUCAGACCCACAGCUUUUUGACAGAUACUUUGAGAAGCUGCUGUGUGAGUUGACGGAGCAGGAUUUCACAGACCCGGUACUUGCUGAUGCUCUCAACAGGCUCAGAGAGGUACUGCAGUACAAUGCCACAGGAGGCAAGAGGAACCGUGGCUUGUCUGUGAUUGGUUCACUGCGGGAGUUGAUCCCACCCUCCAAGCUGUCACCCGAAGAAGUGGAGCGUGCCUUGUUGGUCGGCUGGUGCAUUGAAUUGCUGCAAGCCUUCUUCUUGGUAGCAGAUGAUAUAAUGGAUGCAUCACAAACACGGAGAGGUCAGCCAUGCUGGUAUAAGAAGGAAGGCAUUGGCCUGGAUGCGAUUAAUGAUGCUUUUCUCCUGGAGGGGUCCAUCUACCGCCUUCUGCGUAGACAUUGCAGAGGACAGCCCUACUACAUCCAUUUAUUGGAGCUUUUUACUGAGACAUCUUUCCAGACAGAGCUGGGCCAAGCCCUCGAUCUGAUGACUGCUCCACCAAACAAGAUUGACUUAAACCGUUUCACCAUGGUUAGGUAUAAAGCCAUAGUGAAGUACAAGACUGCAUUCUACUCUUUUUAUCUUCCAGUGGCUGCAGCCAUGUACAUGGCAGGAAUUGAGAGUGAAGUGGAACACAGCAAUGCUAAACACAUCUUACUUGAAAUGGGGGAGUUCUUUCAGAUACAGGAUGAUUACUUGGAUUGCUAUGGUGACCCUGCAGUAACAGGCAAGAUUGGCACUGACAUCCAGGACAAUAAGUGCAGCUGGCUUGUGGUGGCGGCACUGAAGGUGAUGACCCCUGAGCAGAGGGUGGAGCUAGAGGGAUGCUAUGGUCAGAGUGAUGCUGAAAGUGUAGAGCGAGUGAAGGCACUGUACGACACGCUGGAAAUGCCUCUCCGAUACCACAAGUAUGAGGAAGAGAGCUACCUGCGACUCCAAAACCUCAUCCAGCAACAUGCUCAAACUCUUCCCCAUGCUGUUUUUCUCAACUUUGCCAAGAAAAUUUAUAAGAGGAAUAAAUGAGGCAUGAUUUUUUUUUUUUCAAGAGCAUGGUAAAGUAUGUUGAGUGCAACACAGCACAAAAAAGGGAAGUAGUGCAUCUGAUCAGUGUUGUAAAUAUGUUCUUAAGAAUAUAGACACAUCUUUUAAAAAAAAAAAAAAAAACCUGUAGAAAUGGUAUUUUUUUUCACACAUGUAUUGGACUUUGAGACUGCCCAAAAUGAAACUCUUGUUCUGAGAGGGAUUUUUUACAUCUAGAAAGAAGCUGGAUUAAUAUUAAAACUGUCUCAGAACACUUGUACAUUGUCCAAACCAAAAUAAAUUUUUUUUUAAAUAUAAUUAUAGUUGGCCAAUGAAUAGGGGUUAUAGCAGUCCUGUGCACAUGGAUUCGAUUUAAAUGUAAGGUUUAAAUUUCAUAUGUUUCAGUUUAAGGCAAAGAGGAACAAAAGAUUGGUCAUUGGUACCGAUUUGGCCUGAGUUUCCCAAAAGCAUCGUAGUACAAAAAUAAUCGUUAAAUGGUAGCGUGAGCAGCACAAGGAACGCUCACUCUCCUAGCUAAGAUGCUCGUAGCGUUAAGAGGCUUUUGGGAAACCCAGUGCUGAUCAGUUACUCUGUUCUCUUCAGUGUAUUCUUUAUUUGGCUGUCUACAUAGUUUAAAGUCUACACAACUAUCGUUCACUUUCUGAAACUCAAUGUAGAAAUCCCCAAAUUGUUCAUCUGCUACCGGUAUCAACCUGCUUUUCUGCCAAAGAAAAUAUCAGUGUGAGGAUAAAUAGUAGAUCUUUUCUGAUAGGAACUGUGGGGGAGGGAAGCAAAUCAGAAAUGAAUUACUGUGAAAAUGGAAGCCUUUUUUUUUUUUUUUUUUUUAAAACAGUGGGAUUUAUAAUGUACAACUGAAAUGAUGCUGUGUUUCAAAUACCAACCACUUGCUGUCAACCUGAAUAUCAAUUAAAAAAAGGAGGGUUACACAA